AUGCCACUAAAGAGAUGUCCUAACGGACGCAAUCCCAGCGACAUCCUCAUUCGGCUUCAAUGCAAGUAUGCGCAGCCUCUGCUCAAUCGACAGACGGCAUCAGAACUCGGCCUCAUUUCGAUGACAACUCCAAUCAAACGCAGAGUCAAGGCGAUUAAACGGAUACUCCCGACAAGAGGUGCCCCCUUCAUUUGGCUGGCUGUGGGUAGAUCGAGCUGCGAUCUGUGA